ACGAUUCAAAGACCCCUUUUCCCUCUAUUCUUAUCUCUCCACACUUCUCGAAACUCCCAUUUCAGAUUACAGAUUACAGAUCCAAACACACACAGAAAAAAUCAAAAAGAAGAAGAAGAAAAAGCUAAGCGAAAAUGAGUGGUGAAUCUGAUCAAAAGCACUCAACAACGAAGCCAACUGUUGAGUCUGAUCCAAAAUUACACAACGAUAAAAAUAGCGCUAAUUCUCCUCACUCCACCGACUAUGCUCCUUACCCUAAGCUCGAUCCAAACGACGUCGAUCCUCCGCCGCCUCCUCAAGUCGACACGUGGAGCAACGUUCCCAUGCAAUCGCAAUCGCAAUCGCAGCCGAAAUCGCAACCGUCAAUUCCGACGGAGAAUCCAGUGCACAGCGAAGCUAGGGCUCCGAUCGCCGACGAUGCCGCCACCACCAUGCCGACUGAAUCCAAUCCAUACAUAUCUCCUGCUCCGGCGCCGGCUCCUUCCUCCGUCAAGAAUACGGUGGAGUCGGUGAAAGAUGUGCUUGGGAAAUGGGGGAAGAAGGCGGCGGAGGCAACCAAGAAGGCUGAGGAUCUCGCUGGGAACAUGUGGCAACACUUGAAAACGGGUCCUAGUUUUGCUGAUGCUGCUGUGGGAAGAAUUGCUCAAGGAACAAAAGUUCUUGCAGAAGGUGGUUAUGAGAAGAUCUUUCGAUCAACUUUUGAGACUGUGCCUGAGGAGAAGCUUCAAAAGACAUAUGCUGCCUAUCUAUCCACAUCUGCUGGACCAGUAAUGGGAACUUUAUAUCUGUCCACAGCAAAACUUGCAUUUUGUAGUGACAAUCCACUUUCUUACAAAACUGGUGACCAGACUGAAUGGAGCUAUUACAAGGUGGUUAUUCCAUUACAUCAGUUGAGGGCAGUGAAUCCGUCAACAAGCAAAGUCAAGCCAGGGGAAAAAUACAUACAGGUUAUCUCUGUUGACAACCAUGAAUUUUGGUUUAUGGGCUUUGUAAACUAUGAUAGUGCAGUGAAAAAUCUUCAAGGGGUAGUGCCACCUCACAGCUUAUGAUGAUGUUCAAGGCUGAGCUUUUUACCAUGUCACAGAAGGAGCAUCAUAUUCAUAUUGCCAACAAGUUGAUGUAGAUAAAAUAUAGUGCUCUGAAAUCUGAAUAUGGAAUGUAUUUUGUAUGCUGUUGGGUGUUCUGAUCAUAGCUUUGUGACAUAUUUGGCUUGAUGGUAUAGUGACACUUAAGUUUUUCUUAUCGUACAUUUUUCUUUUGAAAGUUAUAAAUGAUUAAAGUUCUGGUAAAGGUGACUCUAUUAUUGUAAUAUCAUUUGAUUCACAUGCCCAACAUUCUUCAUUUCAAAUAUUAUUAUUAUUAUGUUUGUUGA